AGCAAGGGAGGGCUGAGGGAGAGGAGAGUUGCGAGGCAAAACGGCUGGUCACAUGAGCAGAGAUCUGUUUACAAACCCAAGGCAGAGCAGAGCAAGAGGAGGAAGGGAAAGGCGAAUCGCAGGCUCUCUCUCUGAGCACCAUUAUAGAUUGAAAGAGGAAGAAGGGAAGCCUGCCAUGACAAAGCCAGCUGGAGGUGCAAGAGGCUGAAUGCGACACACGCAGACACACUCUUGCGCACACACCGCCUUUGUCUCAGAUUUUUUUUUUCUUCUCAAUUGAAGCAGCAGAUGGUUAGAGGGAGAGUAGGAUCCCCCCCUACGCGCACAUACAUCCACUGACUGAAACACAAACACACACUCGCAAGCAAAACACCAAACCCAGCAAGAGGACUGUUGUUGACUGCAUGGAGCUGUCCUCACUUUGUUUGGGCUUUGAAGGAAGCAUAUCUUUGCCUUCUGUGCUGAGGAGAAAUAUCAACUGCAAGAUCAGAAGACUGGAGGAGGAGACAACAGAGGAGACAAGAGGGGGAUGAGACUUGUGAAAAUCCCCUGUUAAAAAAAGCAGCUUUUCGAGGAAGACAAAGCACAGAUUAAUGUCAGAUAAUUGCCUUCACUGGGUGAGGACUGUCAUUUUGAAAGCUAGCUGUUACUGAGUUUCGUGAAGGGACGACACUGCAGACACAAAGUGAAGUCAAAGAGGCCCCUUUCUGGUGGAAAUGAGCACAUGAGGUCUCCAGUCCUGGUCCAAACCUCAGUCCCAAAUCUCCCAAUCUUAACACAGAGCGGUUAAUCCAGAUUUGGGAAUGUUGGGCAGCACAGAUUGCUGAGCCAACAAAACCACACCUCCAGAGGAUUUGUGGAAUCUGAGCAAAUCUUGAUGGUUGUUGUUUGCGGGAGCUAGCACAACCCAAGAAAAAGAGCAAUCCAGCUCAGUGUAACUGAAUCUAGACUCCAAAACAGAUUUCAGUGUCCGAAGCUCCAGCCCACGAGUUUGGCUUGUCUCCAGCCUUUUCCUGACAGGGCCUGAAUUUACUGCGGCUGCCUUGGGAGUCACAUUUCAUGCAACCAUUCCAAUGGUGUAACGGAUGCCAGUGUGGUUUGGGUUCUCAGCGUUCUGAGCACUACUGCAGCAUGGGGUCUGACAUCUAUCACCUGCCGCUCAAUGUCUAUGUCAUUGUUCUGGGCAUCGGCCUCUUCGUCUUCAUGCUCAGCCUCAUCUUCUGCUGCUACCUUUUCAGGUUGAAGCAACAAGGAACUAGGGAGCAGUUCAGUUACAAUGAGGUGGUGCUGAAGGGGGCAAGCAAAAAAUUAAGCCUUCUUGGACAAACCUGUGCAGUGUGUCUGGAAGAAUUCAGGACCCGAGAUGAGCUGGGAGUGUGUCCGUGCUCACAUGCAUUUCACAAGAAGUGCCUGCUUAAGUGGCUAGAGAUCCGCAGCGUGUGCCCCAUGUGUAACAAGCCCAUCCUGCGGCUACACUCGGACGCUCCCCAGGGUGCCGAGGGGCCUAUGGACCCAGAGGAGGUGUGAACGAGCCAUCGGAAGAAGAGAAAAGACUCCCUUUACAGAAAACACACACAUUAAAUACACUAGAGAAGAUGAACAAAAGGGUCAUCUUGAAGAAAUGUUAAAGAGCCCCAAGUAGCAGCUUUGCUGCUGACCUUUGAGCAGUUAUGCUUUCGUGGGAACUGAAUAUUGAUAGCACCAACAUGAUUUGGUCAAAUCAGUCAGAAAGGGUGAAUGAAUAGGAUCUUUCAUUAAAAUGCUCCUAGUUCUACUUCCAUGUUGCACUGUUCACCAAAAAAAGAAAAGAAAAAAAAAGACAGGAAAAGGAGCAGCAAUAGAAAGUUGGAUCAUUGCCACUGUCACUGGACGACUGGUGCAACACUGCCGGAGAGAAAUGACUCUACUGGCAUUGAGCAGGACAUCAAAUUACAGGAUCAGUAUGGAUACCUCUAAUAUCUCAGGGGUGUUACCAAUACAGCCAGCACAAACCACGUCAAUCACCCUAUAACCCUGUGCCAUACAUGCAUCUUCAAUACUGCCAAUUUAGGUGAAAUGCUCCAGGAGCCAGAGGCAGCUACACCCUCUGGCUGAAACAGACCAGCCGGAUUACAACCGCGACGAUUUAAGUAGAUGAUGUUGUUACCGAUUGUGUCCCAGGCCCUUUUCCCUUUAAAAAAAAAAAAAAAAAGACUGAUAGAAAACUAGUCUUGCCUGUAUGUAUUGUAUGUAAUGUCUCCCUAUAUAUAUAUUGUCCUUUUGUAUUUUAAAUAAAGCGUCAUGUAAUGUAUUGUAA